AUUUGCAGCACUUAUCACUCUCGUUCUUCACUCCCAGCGUCGUUCACUUCAGCCCACCCUCUCUGUCUUCAGCAGCGGCAAGGGGCUCCAACUAGUUAAAUCUUUACUAUCCCUACGUCAGCUCAAGCACACCAUGCCCAUCGCAACCUGAGCACUCACGUACCCCGUAAGUGUGUUGAACAGGAUUUGGGCUGUCGCCAUCCCCCUACUUGAUAUUUUCUGACACUGAGGUAAUCAGGAGUUCACUGGUUGCAUUACGAAUCAUCCCGGAGAUUUCCCUGAAAUAACCUCCUUCCGGAACUUCCCACUGCCCACUCUUCCAGGUUCCAAGCGCCCGCGCGACUUUACUAGCCCAUCUGUCCAUUCACAAUGUCCAAUAUAGCAUCACGUUCUGUGCCAGGUCGGCAAUCCUCCCCUCGACUAGCUGUUCCCCUGGGAUCCAAUAAUCCCUUCCGCAACAGGACCUCGUCGCCGCCUGACGGUCUACUCGCUGCCCCAGCUAGCAGGCCUCGACCGGUUUCAACGAAUCCAUUCCUCGACGAUUCAGAGGCACUUGCUCUGCAGGCUCUGGGAGCAGGAAACAUGUCGCCAACCAAAAGUUCGAAACAAGACUCUGACGUGGCCGAGCAUGCCUCCAGGCUAUUUGACAAUCUUUCCCUAGACGGCCCAGCGAGACCAAGGGAGCGACGGCCCCCUCCUCCACCGAAUUCUGAGAAUAUUCCGUCUGGAAGAAACUUAAAAGGCAGAGAGCCUAUGCGCCCGCCCCGGCGUCCCUCCAAAGAGGACACAAAUCUCCGUCAAACGGAAAGGUCUGCGAAGCCUUUGAUUGAUAUUUUUGCCGACCCGCAAGAGCCCCGGCGACAGCAACCUCAUCGACGGGAGCGACGCCGCAGAAACUCAGAAUCUUCUAUCAUGGAGCGCCCCAGGGCACUCGACCCGGAGGAGGAGCGACGACGGCGAGAAAGGAGGCACAAAGACCGAGAUGGGAAGCAUAGAGACCGGCAUCAUUCGCGGAAGAAUAAUAGCUACAAGCUGGACAUAAUUGACAAACUCGAUGUCACCAGUGUCUAUGGCGGAAGUUUGUUCCAUCACGAUGGUCCUUUUGAUGCAUGCAAUCCUCAUCGCAACCGCAAGAAUCUUCGCAAUGCCCCCAUGCAGGCAUUUCCCAAGGAUUCAAGAAAUAUGGCUUUAGGCGGGGCCGGACCUAACAAUACUAACAUUGAUCUCAACCUAUUCCAUGGCCGUGGCGAGGAAGGAUACGCUGAUUUCUCAAAGACCAGUCGUGCGCCGGAAAGAUUCGAUCCCACCGCCAGAGUGGAACCGAUACACGGCGCUGAGAGUAUGGGCCUUGGCACAUCUACCUUCUUGGAGGGCGCCCCUGCAAGCCGUUCUGCUAUCGAACGGCGACAGAGUGAAACUGAAGCUCAAGCUUUGCAGAAUGCUGGACUGCAGCGUAAGAAGAGCUUAGCGCAGAAAAUUCGAGGAAUCAACACUCGGGCCGGUGCUGGUCGUGUGACAUCUCCAGAGCCACUCCUUCGGAUGUCUCCAGUUAGCGGGCCUUCGAGAAGGAACGACAAGAACCCAUUCUUCCAGGAUUACGAUGAAGCGUAUGACCUCAAGGGAGCCAGGAUCCGGGAGGUUUCCGACGGAGGAAUGAAAGACAAUGUGAGACCCCGAUCUGUUAGCAGCCCGAAAUCUCUAUCCGUCUUGGAGUCAGAUUCCGCCGCGAUUGGAGAAACGAAGCCUAGCGGUCAGUCGGGUGGAGGAGGUAUUGGCGGGGGGCUCAUGAAUCGGAUGAAGAGUUUGAGAAGAGCACGCCCCGAGAGGAGAACAACUGUUGGAGAUGGUCAAUAAUUUGUUCAAGCAUGUCGUUUCGUCUCUUAACCGUACGCCUUUGUUUCACGAACUUUUAUUUUCCUUUCCUUUCAUGCUAUAUGUCCGGACUGAUCAAUGUCUCUUGAGCCUGAAAGCCAGCUCUGUGGUACAUAGUCUGGGCA